AUGCCACAAAUUUCAAGUAAAAUAGUUAUUGAAGAACGGGUUAGUUGUAAAGCGACAGUAUUACCAAAUGAUAUUAUUUCGCAAUAUAUACAACAAAGUGAUGAAAGUUUAAAAAACUUACGCCUUUAUGGUUGGGUUAUGGGAGAAUCAACUAAAGUACCUCGUACAUUUCAAGUAAAGUUUGACGAAGUUGGAGAUGAAAAUUUGGUUGUAAAUAUUCCAUAUAAUUCAGCAUCAGCCUGCUUUUGA